CGAGACUUGUAUUCAUUUGUGAAUAGGGUGAGAAAUUUUUAUUUGCACAUUCUUUAUGCAUUCGAAUGUCAUUUGUGGUGGAUGUUGGUAUUGUAUGUAGCGGUUCAUGUGUUGAUGUCCACUAGCCAUUGAGAUUCACCACUUUGUGCCCUUUGAUCUGUCCCCAAGUUAUCUUGGGGACAAGCAAACAUUUAAGUGUAGGGGAGUGAUUAGGGCCUAAUUGUAUACUUUUUACCAUCGUUUUCCUUAGGCGUUUAAGGCAUUUGCACUCGGAGAGGUGUGGUAUUACGCUAGAUUUUUCCUUGUUUUAGCAUGUUUCGGACUCAAACAUGUGGAACCAGCCCCGGAGUCAGAAGUUGGGUGAAAAGGCGCAAAAUCAGGUCAAAGGCUGGAGGCAGCCGCAGAUCACAGCAGAAGCAGAUAGUUCACGGUCAGCAGGACCGUGAACCAAAGCCAGAGACCGUGAAGCGCCAUGCGUUCAGAGCCUUUUUCGGUCUCACUAGACUCAAUUUAUUUCACGGUCGUAAGACCGUGAACCAAAAUGAGAGACCGUGAAGAGCUUAAACGACGCGGUGCAUUUUUGCUCUAGUUCACGGUCCCCGCUAGAUGUUCAUGGCUGUGAACUGGACCGUGAAUCAAGCUCGACUUGGGUAUAAAAGAGGCUUGAGCUGAAGGAAGAAGGGGGGAGACCUAGUGUGAGAAACUUCUUCUUCUUCAGAUUUCUAGAGUGAGAAAGUGACGAACCUAAGUUAGGGUUUCACCUUCAUGCAAGGUUUUGGGAAUUCCUUCCCCAAAGGAGGACAUCUUCAACAUAAGCAGCAAGGCUAGCAUCUCCAUGAUGAUUUUCCUUCUUCUCCCUUGUGUUUUCCCUUCUCCUAGCAUGGGGUAAUCCCUUAUUUCACUUGGGUGUUUGUAAACACUAGCUACAAUUAUGUGAAUGUUUGUAUGGGUUGAAUGAUUUGUGUGUGGGUUUGUUUUAAUAUGAAUUUGGAGGUAUUUUCAUGGAAGAUUGUGUUGUGUGUUUGCCUAUCAAUCUAUUUUGUCAUUCUAACCUAGGUAGAGAGAAACCCCUUUCUUUGAAAGAGACUUGUAAAGCUAGGUUUUCUUAGGCAAAUCUUGUCUCAUAUCUUGGUUAAUGUAGGGAAACCAUCUUUGUUCGUAUUAGCACCUUGGGUUGGUUAUAAUUUGGCCGUCCGAACUCCCAUUCGAGGGUUAGGUCUUGGCAACCCUUAGUCAAUAGGUUAAGAGAGUACUUCAGUAUCUUGAACCAAAUUCCCUUGACCUAUUGACCGAGAGAGUGGCGUUUGUUCACUUGUUCCACUUCCCCUACGGUUUACAACCUCCUUACCACACGUGUUCAUUCGAUCCGACAAGUCAUAAUUGCUACCUAGGGGGAGCAACACCCGGGUGAAGCCUUCUCAAUUAGUGCCAAAUCCAUUUACUUUUUUCGAACGUUUUAGCUUUAGAUCAUUGUGUUCACCAGAAACCAAUCACUAGAUAAUGUUUCAAACAAUCGAAGUUAGGGUUUCACCUUCAUGCAAGGUUUUGGGAAUUCCUUCCCCAAAGGAGGACAUCUUCAACAUAAGCAGCAAGGCUAGCAUCUCCAUGAUGAUUUUCCUUCUUCUCCCUUGUGUUUUCCCUUCUCCUAGCAUGGGGUAAUCCCUUAUUUCACUUGGGUGUUUGUAAACACUAGCUACAAUUAUGUGAAUGUUUGUAUGGGUUGAAUGAUUUGUGUGUGGGUUUGUUUUAAUAUGAAUUUGGAGGUAUUUUCAUGGAAGAUUGUGUUGUGUGUUUGCCUAUCAAUCUAUUUUGUCAUUCUAACCUAGGUAGAGAGAAACCCCUUUCUUUGAAAGAGACUUGUAAAGCUAGGUUUUCUUAGGCAAAUCUUGUCUCAUAUCUUGGUUAAUGUAGGGAAACCAUCUUUGUUUGUAUUAGCACCUUGGGUUGGUUAUAAUUUGGCCGUCCGAACUCCCAUUCGAGGGUUAGGUCUUGGCAACCCUUAGUCAAUAGGUUAAGAGAGUACUUCAGUAUCUUGAACCAAAUUCCCUUGACCUAUUGACCGAGAGAGUGGCGUUUGUUCACUUGUUCCACUUCCCCUACGGUUUACAACCUCCUUACCACACGUGUUCAUUCGAUCCGACAAGUCAUAAUUGCUACCUAGGGGGAGCAACACCCGGGUGAAGCCUUCUCAAUUAGUGCCAAAUCCAUUUACUUUUUUCGAACGUUUUAGCUUUAGAUCAUUGUGUUCACCAGAAACCAAUCACUAGAUAAUGUUUCAAACAAUCGAAGUAGGGGUACAUGGACCGGCUCAGGUUGAUAUUCAAACAUACUUGCCCUAUAUUACACCCAAUUAAGGUUUAUACUUAGCUUGGGUCCUAAUUGGGAGUUUUAGUGCGAUAUUCGGGACGAGUCACGGUUACGUAUAUUACACACAUUACGUAAAUUUUAGGGUGAGUUAGUAUUUCCUAUGUGUCAAUCAAACAAACCUAUUACGAAAGUCCAUAAAUAUUCAGACACUCCAUAAUGGGAGGUAUAUUAUCCAACUAGUUUGUUAAUUAAUUGAUUUGAACAUAAUCCAAUGAACAGAUGAAGAAGUAAAUAUAAUUAGUUUCUUACCGCGCUGUAACGAUGCGAACAAUAUCACAACGUACUUAAGUGUCUCUAUAUACUGGCCUUAAUCACAUGGUGAACUUAGAAGCCAUUACGGUCUGAUCAGAGUUGGGCAGCUCGUUCAUUAUUGUCCGACUCUGACUCUCAAACUUGAAGACCCUGUAGUUUUGGUAUGCUAGUUUGAACAUUACUCAUCAGAAUCAUUAAGAAAUUGAUCUCCAGCCCUACAAAUGACAGAAAACUUGCUGUGGCGUGGCCAUCGGUGUGGCUUCACCUUGUCGAGCAUAAAAUCCAACCACUAGAGAACUCAUCUUAAGCAGUUUAACUUUCUUCAUUUAAUUCAUUGAUUAAAUAGAUGGGUUUGUAUUGAUUUCAUCAUCUUUUUGUUGUAUUCGGAAGUGCAGUUUUACUCAUCCCUGAAAGAACCAAAUGGCCUUCGAGGUAUGUAUGUCAUUGACUCGGUCACAAGUUUCACAUUUGCAACCUGCAAACGAUACUCUGAACCGUCCUGGUCUGCGCGUCGGGGACGAAGUCCCCUAGAUAAUAAAACUGUUCUUAAUCGCGUCACUCGCUCCUUUCUCCAACUAGCAACAACCGUUGAAUCAGAGCCCCAAAUGCAUCCACAGCCUCCAAUGGCUCUCUUCACCAUCGCCAUCCUCUUCGCAACUCUGCCGUCCCUCGUACACUCCGUCUCCUUCAAGUUCGCAAACUUCAGCCCCAACAUGAUCAACAUUAACUUCCAGGGAGAUUCCUUCUCCUCCAACGGCGUCCUCCAGCUCACCAAGAACGCCGUGGGGGAGAGCCUCAGAAGGAGCGCCGGCCGCGCCACGUUCCGCCAGGUCAUCCCUCUGUGGGACUUCAAAACAGGGGAGCUGACGGACUUCACCACGCACUUCACAUUCACCAUGAAAGCAACCAACCUGACCAAACGCUACGGCGACGGGAUGACCUUCUUCCUCGCCCCCGAAGGCUCCGAGAUCCCGGCCAACUCCACCGACGGGUUCCUCGCCUUGUUCGGCCCCGACACCGCCCUCAACGCCACCAGGGACCACCAGAUCGUGGCGGUCGAGUUCGACAGCAAUCGGAACUCCUGGGAUCCGAGCGACGAUCACGUCGGGAUCGACGUCAAUUCGAUCCGCUCCGUCGAGUCCAAGCAAUGGAACAGCAGCAUCAAGGACGGCAGGAUGGCCAACGCCUGGGUGAAUUACAAUUCCACCACCAAGAACCUGAGCGUCUACCUCACCUACGCCGAAAACCCCGUCUACAACGGAACCUCCAGCCUUUCGUACGCCGUGGAUCUGCGCCAAGUCCUGCCCGAAUUCGUGACGGUCGGCUUCUCCGCUUCCACGGGGAUUUCAACUCAAAUCCACAACGUUUUCAGCUGGGAAUUCAAUUCCACCUUGGAGACCCCGACCCCGAAAACCUCCAAAUUAGCUGGAGUAGCGAUCGGCUUGGGAGUAACGUUCGGCCUGUUGAUUGCUGGAUUCGUCAUGCUUCUGUUUUUCUACCGGAGAAUCAGAGCUUGCAGAGGAGACGACGAGGACGGAAUCGACGUCGCGAUGGACGACGAAUUCGAGAAGGGGACGGGACCGAAGCGAUUCAGCUACAGGGAACUGAGCCGGGCGACGGGCAAUUUCGCGGAUUCGGGGAAGCUGGGGGAAGGAGGGUUCGGCGGAGUGUACAAGGGCUUGCUCGACGGCGGCGGCCAAUCCGCCGCGGUGAAGAGGGUUUCGAGAGGAUCGAGGCAGGGGAAAAAAGAGUACAUCUCCGAGGUGCGGAUCAUCAGCAGGCUGAGGCACAGGAACCUGGUGCAGCUGAUCGGUUGGUGCCACGAGAAGAGCGAGCUCCUCCUCGUCUACGAGUUCCUCCCCAACGGGAGCCUCGACCAGCACCUCUUCGGCGAGAAACUGAUGCUGCCGUGGUCCGUCAGGUACAAGAUCGCGCUCGGGCUGGCGUCGGGGUUACUGUACCUCCACGAGGAGUGGGAGCAGUGCGUCGUUCACAGAGAUAUAAAGUCGAGCAAUGUGAUGCUGGAUUCACAAUUCAACGCGAAAUUGGGCGAUUUCGGGCUGGCGAGGCUGGUGGACCACGAACUGGGCUCGCAGACGACGGUGCUGGCCGGGACGAUGGGGUAUCUGGCGCCGGAGUGCGUGACGACGGGGAGGGCAAGCAAGGAAUCGGAUGUUUACAGCUUCGGAGUGGUGGCGCUGGAAAUCGCGUGCGGGAGGAGGCCUGUGGAUCCGAAGCAGGAGCUGAGGAAGGUGAGGCUGGUGGAGUGGGUUUGGGAUUUGUACGGGAGCGGGCGGAUUCUUGAGGCGGUGGACUGGAGGCUGGCGGCGGGGGGCGGCGGUGAGGGGGAUUUCGAUCGGGAUCAGGCGGAGCAAUUGAUGAUCGUGGGGCUGUGGUGUUGUCAUCCUGAUGAGGCGAAUCGGCCGUCGAUCAGGCAGGUGAUUGGGGUGCUCAAUUUUGAUGCUCCGCGGCCGAGCCUGCCGUCGAAGUUGCCGGUGCCGAUGUACUACGCGCCUCCGCUGGAUCUGUGUAGGUUCACGUAUAAGACGACGACGACGAAGGACGGGGAAGUAGGGAAGACGGAUGUUUCGUAUCCGAGUUACACGACGGGGUCGUCGACCGGCUCGGCAUGGUCCGGCGACGCGCUGCUGGUUUCGCGUAAGGACGAUGGGGUUCCGGCGGCUAAUCCAGGGAAGAUUGGCUAGCUUCUUGCCUUCUUAAUUGUUGGACUUUGUUUCUUUUUUGUUUUAUUAUGUUAUCAAGGUUUGUGUUCUUUCUCUCUGCCUGUAGAUUUACCAAUUUCAUGUCACAAAGUAUUUUGUAACUUUUUCAUAAAAGCAAAAACAAUGUUUAUGUGACUUGAAUCGAAUUAUCAGCCGCUACGAUUGGUAGUCGGGGGUCUCGCUGUCCGAUCAAUGUUAUUUGAGUUCGGGUUCUGGGCCUGGUCUGUAACCGUUUCAUUUGUCAGAUUGGAUUAGGUUUAGACCCACAUGGAGAAGUACUAUAAAUACUUCUCAUACUCCUCUAUAAUCUUUCGAUAUAGUGAAACUGGCUCUCUCUCGCCCGUGGACGUAGCUAACACAUAUCGUGUUAGUGAACCACGUAAAUCGUGUGUCUGUGUUUUUCGAUUCUCGCUUUCGUAUUCUUGCUUUAUCGAUUCCGACGAUUUCCUGAUCCAUAGCAGCGCGUUUAUAACAGUUUAUUUUGUUCAAUGAAUCAAGUCUCUUGGCACCACUAGACACAAAACAUUCAAAGUAUUUUUUUCAUUAUUCACGUAAAUUUGAGCUUAUUCAUGUCAUAUUUUCGUUAUUCACGUAAGAGUGUUGAUCAACCGAUACUGUUAGGUCACGCAAUCUGGUGUUUAUUCACGCAUAUUGUUAUUCAUUCAUGUCGUUGUAAAAUCAAAUUUCAAACUUUGAAAUAUAUCAAAAUGGAUCUAAUUGUAUAGAUUAUGAUCAAUGCAACACAUUUUUACAGAUUUAUUGAGAAUCCAAAUAUAAUUUCCAUAAAAUAUAGCCAAUACAAAUUAUUAGGAGGAAAAAGUCUGAAUUCAAAUUGACGUGAAUAACUUACACUCUUACACGUGAAUAGACAUUGUAUUACAUUCAGUGGCGCGGACGCAAAAAUUUCAUCAAGAGUAUUCAACUGUAGACCAAAAUUUCCAAGGAUUGUCACAUAGUCUUGAAUUCAAAUGCUACAAUCACUAAAAUAAAAUUUUACACAAGCUUUUACUCCAAAAAGUUUAUUCAACCUUUGUCAAUUGGCAAACCAAGCAUCAGCCUGGGUCCGCCCCUAAUUACAUUAAUAAGCACCAAAUUGCGUGAAUAAGCACAAAAUACCUAAAAAUUUUACCUUUUAAGUGUUUUGUCUCUAACAAGAGAACUUUUCAUUGUUCAACUUCAAUACCAUAGGGCUACAAACAUGAUUAGUAAUAUGAAUUGAAAUAGGAAGAUUUAUAGUAUGGCGUCUUGAUUAAUAAAAAGUAAGAAGUAAGAACUCAUCUGUGGUUCGGUGAGUUUUAUUCGUGGAUGAGAUGCAGUUGAUAUUGAAACUCAGUUCGUGAACAAUAUUUAUUCAAAUGUCAUGCACGGGCGGAACUAGAGUAAGUCUCGGGCGCCCGAUUAUCUAAAAUAUCGAAAGUUACUUGUAAACUCUAUAAGCUUUCUUGAAAAUUUAGAAUUAAAUUAAGGAUUAAAUGCAAUAUAUUAGUCACAACUAUUAAUAAACGAGAAAUUAUAGUCAGUUAGCCACAACGAUGAAAAUACAAAUUAUUAGACAUUCGUUAGUUGUCCGUUAAUGCUCCGUUAGUAAGUCUGUCUGCAAUGUUGACCUUGCCUAAAAAAACUGACACAUAAUAUUUUUUUAUAAUUUACAAUUAAAUUAAUUUAAAAAU